AAACAGUGCGUUUUGGUGUAAAUACCCCGAUUGUUAUGCAAAUAUUUCAUGUUUGUUCGUUUCACCUUCUGGCCUGACACUGCUUCACGACGACGCGUUCGAUAGUUUUAAACAAGAGAGAAACUCGCGAAUGAAUCUGGUGACAAAAGAAACAGAGUUCUGUCGUCAAAAUGCAGGAUAUCAGAUGUUUUAACGUGUUUAUAGAUAUCGCGAUAUUUCUUGGAGUUGAGGCUAUUGUCCUGUUCCCUUUUUUCUACGAUGUAUUGGAGUUCCUACCAGUGCGUGAUACGGGCUUCCGGUGUGACGAUACCGACAUUCAAUACCCAUACACAGAGUCAAUUAUACCAAAGCUUUACGUUCUAGUUGGGGCAUAUGCUAUUGCUAUAUUUUAUUUGGUAGGAGAGAUCCUGUUCUAUUGUUGUUACACGAGAAAUAAAGACCGGGACACCCCAGCAUGCAUCCCGUGUGGUUGUUACGUACACCUCAUACUCGUCAACAUCUGGAGGACGAUCGGUUUUCAUAUAUUCGCCGUCAACUUGACUUACAUAUUCGUGAUACUUGGAAAAAAGAUGGUUGGUCGUCUCCGUCCCAAUUUCCUGGAUAUUUGUCAAGCUAAUACCACCUUGUAUGACUGUUCGGAAGGUUGGGUUGAUGAUAGUGUAUGCACGGGUAAUGACGACCUGAUCGAAGAGGCUAAAGAAUCUUUCCCAUCAUACGACGCUUCCAUCGUAUUCUGUGUUGCAGUAUAUUUUGUGCUCUACUUGGAAGCGCGCUGGUUGUGGAGAGGAGUCGGGCUGAUGAAACCAUUUAUACAAGCCGCCUGUCUCUUGGGGGCGUGCUUUAUGUCCCUGUUGGGGGUAUACCAAAAUGCUCAUUUUCUCAGCGAUGCUAUCGCUGGUGCUGUUCUGGGCGGCGGGAUUGCCGUGAUGACGGUAUUUUAUUUCACAAGUUUAUUCGGCAGUAGCCACAAACGCCGACUGAAACGCGAAGACGAAGUCGAAAUGAAUAACUACGUAGUGACGAACAGAAAUUCGGCAUGGGUGGAGCAGAAGAUGUGAACAUCAUCAUCAUUUAUAUAUACGAAUGGUCUUUAUAAUAAAGAAACUCGCCAUUUCCAUGACAACUCAAAUGUUUUGUAAUAAUUCGUGUAUAUAUUCGAUAUACUAGUACUUUGUGAUUGAAGGGCUUAACGUAUUCCAUAUUUGUCUGUGUUAUCGUCACGUGACAGUCAUUGUAACUUUGUGCAAGUAUGUUAUUCUUAUACGUUUAUUUUAUUAUUGUAAGUUUAAGUUCAAAUGCGUUCUUCUGGAACGAGAAUAGCGAGAAUUAUUUAUAUCUCGAUAUUAUAAAUAAUCACUUCUAUGAAUGGAAUAUUGAAAGAUUCGUCCCGAGGCGUGUCUCAAUGUUUUUGAUAAAGGUCACCACGAUUGUCGUAUACGACACUUUUUUGUUUGUUUUUAUCUUGUAUAUAACUUUUGAGCAACGUGAUCUCUGUAUUAUACAAAGUUUAUUCUAUUUUAUUAUUAUUUGUUUGCACCUACAUAUUUGUACUUAUUUUAUUUAGAAAUGUACAUAUGAUAAUAUUGUUUUUGAUGAAGUCGUAUAACCGCAGUAAGUAGUGAUUGAAUGCCUUUGACUCAUUUCUCUCUUUGAAUGUAAUUGCGUAUUAGUUACAAACCAAACUCCCCCCCCCCCCCAUACACACAUACGCGGAGAGAGAAGCAUUUUAAAUGCUACAUUACUCAACAUUGACAAUUUUGAACAUUUUUACACAUUUACAGAAGGUACUGAUUUGAAACUCCCCACUUUAUGAUAUUAGUAUUAGUCGUUUGAAUGUUUUUCACCCCAUCUCCCCGCUCCGCAAAACGGUUUUACUUCGACCGUGCAUGUGUUAACUGGCUUGGUUUGGAACGACAUCAGAAACCGUGUCACGAUUUACUCUCCUCGUCUUUGGUCUAUUCGAUUGUUUGGCGGACAAAUGAGGUAUACUUUAUGAUAUUUUAAGUGUAAUAUUUUGUGCAUUUUAUUUCAAUCUGUGUAAAUUAUGUUAAUCUCGAAGGUGUUUAAACAGUCUCGCAAUGUAUCGUAUUUCACAACUAAUGACCAAUUACUGGUAGCGAGCCUAUACAUAUAAGAAAUGCAAUAUGUAUUGAAGAAAGGGUUUUGAAUAAUAAAUAUCAUAUUUUAGUUUUAAAA